GGGCCGGGCCGCGAGGAGCCCCCGCGCCCCCAGCAGAUCAUCCACAGCGGCCACUUCAUGGUGUCUUCGCCGCACCGCGAGCACCCGCCUAAGAAGGGCUACGAUUUCGACACGGUCAACAAGCAGACGUGCCAGACUUACAGCUUCGGCAAGACCAGCUCCUGCCACCUGUCCAUCGACGCCUCGCUCACCAAGCUCUUCGAGUGCAUGACCCUGGCCUACAGUGGGAAGUUAGUGUCUCCAAAGUGGAAGAAUUUCAAGGGCCUGAAGCUCCAGUGGAGAGACAAGAUCCGGCUCAACAAUGCCAUCUGGCGGGCCUGGUACAUGCAGUAUUUGGAGAAGCGCAAGAAUCCCGUGUGCCACUUUGUCACCCCACUGGAUGGCUCUGUUGAUGUAGACGAGCACCGCCGACCAGAGGCCAUCACCACAGAGGGGAAGUACUGGAAAAGUCGCAUUGAGUUUGUGAUCAGGGAAUAUCACAAGUGGAGGACCUACUUCAAGAAAAGGCUCCAGCAACACAAGGAUGAAGACCUCUCCAGCCUGGCCCAGGAUGAUGACAUACUGUAUUGGCAUAAGCAUGGGGAUGGCUGGAAGACCCCAGUGCCCAUGGAGGAGGAUCCCCUGCUGGACACGGACAUGCUCAUGUCAGAAUUCAGCGACACCCUCUUCUCCACACUUUCAUCACACCAGCCAGUGGCCUGGCCCAACCCACGGGAAAUAGCACAUCUAGGAAAUGCAGACAUGAUCCAGCCAGGGCUGAUCCCUCUGCAACCCAACCUGGACUUCAUGGAUACCUUUGAACCUUUCCAGGACCUCUUCUCUUCCAGUCGCUCCAUUUUUGGCUCCUUGUUGCCUACAUCUGCCUCAGCAUCUGUACCAGAUCCCAACAGCCCUCCUGCUCAGGGGAGCGUCCUGCAGACCUCUGCUCUGCCCACUGUGAGCCUUCCCGACAGCCUCAUCGUACCCUCUGCUGCUCCCUCCCUUGACCCCACAGGUGGGCAGGGCUGUGAGCGUGCUUCUCAGACUGAGGACCCGUUUACCCAGUCCCCGGACUUUGGUCCCUCGGAGCCUCCCCCAAGCGUCCCUCAGCCCUUCCUCCCCAUCUUUACCAUGCCCUUACUCUCCCCCAGCCCUGCCCCAGCCCCUGUUCCAUCUGCAUUACCUUUAGUUUCCUCUCCUGUCCCUGCCCUGAACCCCCCAACGCCACCUGCCUUUCUGCAGAAGUUUGCUGAAGUCAGCAAGUCGCCCCCUGUCAUCACCCACACGGCUUCCGCUACCCUCACCCACACAGCCUGCACCACCACCUUCAGCCAGAGCCAGGGCCUUGUGAUCACAGCCCGCCACCCCACCCCUUCCCCCUCCCCCUGUGGCCUGGCACUGUCCCCUGCCCCCCGGCCACCUGCUGUUGGGCCUCCCCAACCUCGUUUAACUUUUGUACACCCCAAACCUGUAUCCUUCACUGGAGGGAGGCCCAAGCAGUCCCCCAAAAUAGUGCCUGCUUCCAAACCCGAGCCCAGGUCCUUGGUGUUGAAGAACGCUCGCCUGGCCCCAGCUACCUUUCCAGGCCAGCCACAAGCAGUGAUCAUGACAUCAGGCCCUCUGAAGAGAGAAGGGAUCCUGGCAUCUACUGUGUCCCAGUCCAGUGUGGUCAUCGCACCUGCUUCCAUCGCUAGGGCUUCUGGAGUCACGGAGUUCCACAGCAGCGUCCUGGUGACAGACCUCAGCCAUAGCACGAGCAGCCAGCCCACCCCUGUCUCCCGGCUCUUCUCUCCGAGCACAGUGCCAGACUCCCUGGUGAAGGGCGAGCAGACCCAACUGCAUGGGGGCAGCCCCCAGGGCCCUGCCUCAGGGUCCAGUCGAGACUGCCCAAACUCAGGGAAGGCCUCUCCGUGUGCGUCAGAACAAAGCCCUAGUCCUCAGUCUCCCCAGAACAGCUGCUCAGGGAAAUCUGCAGACACCAAAAACGUAUUUGCGUUAAAGCACCGGCAUAUCUCAGCUGAGCAGAAGAGGCGCUUCAACAUCAAGAUGGGCUUUGAUACCCUCAACAGUUUAAUCUCCAAUAAUUCCAAGCUGACCAGCCAUGCCAUCACACUGCAGAAGACCGUGGAGUACAUCACCAAGCUGCAGCAAGAGCGGAGCCAGAUGCAGGAGGAGGCCCGGCGGCUGCGGGAUGAGAUCGAGGAGCUCAACAACACCAUCAUCUCCUGCCAGCAGCUGCUCCCUGCCACAGGAGUCUCUGUCACCCGGCUUCAGUAUGAUCACAUGAGAGACAUGUUUGACGAGUACGUGAAAAGCCGGAUCCUGCAGAAUUGGAAGUUCUGGAUUUUUAGCAUCAUCAUCAAGCCACUGUUUGAGUCCUUCAAAGGGAUGGUGUCCACUGGCAGCCUGGAGGAGCUGCACCAGACAACACUGUCCUGGCUGGACCAGCACUGCUCCCUGCCCAUCCUCAGGCCGAUGGUGUUGAGCACCCUCCGGCAGCUGAGCAUCACCACCUCUGUUCUGACAGACCCGUCCCAGCUGCCAGAGCAGGCAUCAGAAGCUGUCACCAGGAUUGGCAAGAGAUCGGGGGAAUCCUAGCCACCUAGAUGGCAUAUGACCUCAUGAGAUGCCUGGAGACCUGACCUGUCCCCGCUCUUCCUGACGCAAAGCCUUGGGCCUCCCUCUGCUCUACUGGCUGUCAGGAUGCCACGCUCAGGGCCUGCCUACAGCGAUAGCCCAUCUUGGGAACCCCUUGCUGUGACCUCCCUCUCAGCAACCUCAGUCACCAACCUCCCUGCCCACAGGGCAGCUGGACAAAGGGAAAAGCGCCUUUCUAGUCCUAACCUGCUGGUGGCCCAUCUGGGUCCUGGACCAGUGAGUGAAGCAGAUGGGACAAGGAGACAAAGCCUGAUCCUGCUGGUGGGAAACCUCGCGGGUCCCUCUGAGUUCCUGUCUUGAGACUUCCUGCUCCUCCACCCUCGGCUCCCUGCGCUCCUCUGGUUAUCCUGCCCGGGGCAGGCAGAGGACUUAUUCCUGCCUCUGACCCUGAUGGCGCCUGGCCCUUGUGGGUGACCUGGGCUUCUGUUCCAACUGUGGCUUGGUGGGCUGCCCUCUUCCACCCCACAGGCUGCUGGGGAAGUGCCUUCCUCGCAGACCCGUAGCACACAGGCCCAACAGAGGCGCAGAGCAUGCACAGCAUCGCCCAAGCGACUGCUCAGCUCAGAGGCCCUCCAGCUGCCUUGUCAGUUGUGUUUGGUCCACCUGGUGUUGCGUUCUCCUCAGUGCUGCUAGGGACCUGGCCCAAGGCCUGUGGGGGUCCUCUUACAGCUGAGGCCUCUGCCCUGAUCCCUACCUGGUGGCAGAAAGGGAGGCAUGCCCAGGGAAGUUUCCCUGAGUUCUGGCAUGCAAAAGGCCCAGGCCUUGCUGUGUAGUCAGCUGGCCGUCUUGUCUAGUGGGGGUCAGCUGGGAUCCCGAACAAGGGCAGGUCUUAGACCAUAUGUCAGCAUGCUCAAAGUCCAGCCCGUCUGUGUUUGGGGAGGAAGCUAAAUGCUGAGAGGAUCACCUCAGAGCUAUCUUCAGAUGUCCCCAGGUGAGACAUGAAGGACUGCACUCGGAUUUGGUACAAUGGAGGUGUGGCUGGAGGUGGCAGGCAUCCAAAGGUUCAGGGGUCCUGAGUGCACGCUGCAGCUGGAAGGGAUGAGGAAGGACAGCUGCAAGUGGCUGUACCUGAGUGCUCUCCCCAGCACUCAGGUUCCUCCUGGGAAGAACGUGCUUCUCUGAUCUGCUGUGAGGAUCAGAGCCGCCUUUCAACCCAGGCCUCCCGCCUGUCCUCGCCCUCAUGCCUGAAGGAGUCACCUGAGGAGGAAGCCCUGGGAUGCCCCUAAGUUCCACCCAGGCAGAGGCAGGGGUUCCAGCUCCACCUCAGCCUUGGUGGAUGGAGGACAGAGAAGGGGGUGUUUCUUUCAGCCACUGGCUGAGCCACCAUCUCUGUAGUGGGCCCUAACCAGCCAUCUGCUUUCCUGUCUGCACUUCUGCCCCGUGUAGAGCAGCUUGGUGGCACCCCUUAGCCACCUCAAAAAACAUGUUUACAGGCCGAGGGGUGAGCAAGGCAUGUGGGGGCCGGUGCUUUGUAUUCCACUGGGAAAUGGUAAUGGAAUCGAUCCCUUACCCCAGGAUAAAUUCAGAGUUCCCUUUCAGAAGUUAAGACCAUAUGUCAGCAUGCUCAAAGUUCAGCCCGUCUUGUGUUUGGGGAGGAGCCCCACCAGGAUCAGAAGGGAGAGAGGACAACCAGACAUUGCUGGGAGGGCCUUCUGGGGGACCCAGGCCCAGCCCUUCCCACUCCUGUGCCUUGUAACCUGCAGGUGAUGUAGUGGUGGCCAAGGCUCUCCUGAUCAGGGGGCUCCCACCCCUACUGGGGAGGAACUUUAAGAAAAAAAAAAAAAGUGGGAUGUGAAAUCAUCGGCCUCUUGCUUCAUGGCCUACCUCUCUUUUGCUGAAUUUACGUUCAUGAUUCAGCUAAGGCUGUUGGGUCCCGUGAGACCGGAGCGGGCGUGUGAGCGUGUGAGUGUGUGCGCCCUGGUGGACUUAGCUGGAUGCCCAUUUCUGUCUGGGGCUAACUUUAGUCUCUUGGUGCCUCUGCUUGCUGUGGCUGUAAGGCCGAAGUGUCGUGUCUCUGCUCCACAUGGGAUUGUCUCAUGACCUGGGAAUUUUCUUGGUUUAGAGUCUUGCCUGAUGAAUCUGGCCAGAUGGAAGGGCCUGCCCUUGACCUUUGUCCUGGGCUCCCUGGCUGGCGUUUGGGGCAGCUGAGGCCACGCUGCUGCCAGCAGCCUCCCGUAGCGGGAGCUUGUUUAUACACCUUCCCACCCCAUUCCUGUCCCCAGCCCCUGUCAAUGCUGACACUUUGAAGAGGAGAAAAUUGACCUGAAAAGAUAAAAACAGAAGGACGGCAGGCUUGACAGUCUCUGAAAAUGUUUCUGUGAAAUCUUCCGAAGCCAUCAGUGCCCACAUGCUGCUCAUUCUUUCGCUAUGAGUGGGAGACCACGGACGGGGCGGGUGCAGCCAAGGGGCUUUCUGAGAGUUGGCAGCAGGUCACACUCUGUCACCUUCCUGGGGCCCUAUGGCAAGUCAGCUGCAGUCCAGUGGUUUUUCACUCAGAAGUCAGCACCGAUGACACACUGGGUCUAGUGAAAGAAGGGUGGAGGGCUGUGGAGCCCAGUCCAGCCCCUGUCCCCUGCCACCCACAGAGGAGAGUCAGUGGCCAACGAGCCUCCGUGCUCUUGUGACCCGGUUUAAUCCCAUGUGCUGUACUGGGGUUCUGACCCCUCCCCUCUUCCAUAGCCUGGGCCUGAAUGUUUCUGUGCCAUGGCUGAGAUGACCACUUGGAUUCUCAGAGGACACAGUGCCCAGACCCUAGUUGCUCCCAGUGAAGGAGUGAGGUGGCUGGUAGCACUGGGCUGCCUGUUGUCAGAGCAUCCUGGGGUGUGUGAAGGGUCACAGGUCCUGGCCCAUGGGCUUACCCAGCCUCAGCCCAGGGCUCAGCUCUUCUCCCCACUGGCUCCCAGAUGGGCAGGCUUGGAGGGGACAUCACCCCUCCUUGCUUUCAGAAGUCCCUUCCCUUUGUCCUCAUCUGACCCUGGGGAUCCCUUUCCCUCUGCUGAACAGGCGCAUGAAGGUGCGAGUGGGGCCUUUCUCUACACUGGGGAAUCUGGCCUCUAGUUAGAAGCACCACUGCCAGUGACGGCUUUACAAAGUAUCUUCCUGCGGCCUCUGCAGGGGGCAGUGUUUGGGGAGCUGCCCACUGGGACACUCGGAGCAGCAGGAUGUGGCUUCAGACCCUGUCCCCUCAGUCCCUGUUAGUAUUAAAGAAGACUUGAACCAUGUCUGGCCACGUGUAGGGGCAGGACAGUGAGGGGAAAUGGAAGAGCUCAAUAGCAGUCUUGACAUUUGGACUGUCUGGUAGGCACCUUGGCCACCACCUACAGGCCACCUUGGGGUAGGUGGGCAGCUUCUCAAAGGCUCUAGGAAAAGGGGGUGGCCUUAAGAAACAACCCUAUCCUGUGCCUCCUGCAGGGCCAGCCAUGGGGGUGGGUGAGGCUGAGGACAGGCCUCCUCAGCUCACCCGACUGGACUGCUUGUUGCCACAUGCAAAAACCAACCUUCAAGAAAGAAGGGAACUUGUCACAUUGAAUGUAGACUUGUGUGUGUACCCACACUUGCACAAGCCUGCGUGUGUGCGUGUGUGUGUGUGUUUACUUCAUGGAAUUUUUAUAAAAUUCCUUUCCAGUUAUUUAGCAGAACUCAACCUCCAUCUCGCCUUCAGACUUUGGAUCCACAGUCAUCCUGGGCGAAGCAAUUUGAAGAGUUAGUUCUCUUGGGGUUUCCUAGUGAAGAUCUGGUGAGGGGUGGGAGACACCGAAGUCACACAUUUCCAGAGUUUACAUCCUGCAGGGAGGAAGGCCUGAAGGGCUCAGCCUGUCCCCAGGCCGCCUUCCUCCAGGGGUGCCCUAUUUGAAUCUUCACCGCCCGCCCUGGGCCAGCGGGCUCACCGGCUUGUUCUGCUACUCCACGGCCAUGGCUACAGCAUGUUCUGUUCUUUUCCAGGUUUCAGUUAUUAUGUACAUGGCUGUUUUUUUUUUCUUUUUUUUUUUUUUUUCUGUUGUGAACUUCAGUGACUGCAGGGCUCCUUUGAGGAGGUGGUUACACCUGGGGGUAUGAAAAUCCAAACCAGGAAAGGGUCUGGUUUGACCAGAAGCUCCUUCUGUCCCCAUCACCCCCAGCACGGCCCUUUGACACUCUGCUGUCGAAAUGCGUUUCCACCAGCUGUAUUCAACACUACAAUGCAUUUUUUAAACUAUAUUUGCAUUCAAGACAAUAAAAAAAAAUCUUAUUUUUUUGAAAA